AUGGAGGGCGGCCCUUCUCGGAGGCAGCCAGAGAGCACCAGGAGGUUGCCGGGCAAUGUCGGCGACAUGAACGCGCUGGAAUCUGUCCGCGUGCCGGUUCUGCUUGGGCAGGAGAAGCGCCCGUCCUUCGAUGCACCAGGGCUUACGGAUCGCGAGAAGACAGAUCUGCAGAUGCGCUGUGCCCUGAUGAAGCAUGCAGUGGAGGAGCCCUCGUUCGACGUUGUGUCGGUUUCAGCUGCUGCGCCAGCUUUACACCCGGACGAGCUCCGCCGCGCGGCAAAGCGCAAGCCGUCGCUGGACAUGACGGAGAGCUUGCUCCUGUCCAUCUUCGUCUCUCAGCAACCCGAGCCGUGGCUGGAGCCGGAGUUGAUCGGGGAAGCGCCGGUUGACCAGGCCUGGGGGACGGCGUUUAUCUGCCUCCUCUUUCGGAGGAGAUCCUUGAUGGAGGAGGAGGACCACGAGCAGCAGAAGGAUUUGGAUGCAACCCCUGACGAUUUGGAGGAGAUAGCUCUCUUGAGGAGUGCCGUGGAGGACGUCUGA